CACCCUUUCGAGAAAGGGUCGGGUCUAGCCUCCAAAUUCCUAAAUCCUAGUAAACCCCUUCGCUCUCACUGAGAAUCCCCAAUUUAUUUGCAGCCACCACCACCGCUACCGCAAGCUCUGCUUAGCGAUGGCAGAAAAGAAGCGGAAAGUGAGAGCAGGAGGCGGCGAAUCCAGAACCAACAAAAAGUUCAAAAAGCAUUCAAACUCCAAAGGCCUAACCAAGAAAAGCAAGGAUAAAUCCAAUAUGAGAAGGAACAGAACAGGUCCUCGCUUGCCUUCUGCGCUGCGAACGGAGCUCGACCGCCUGAACCCUAGAAUCUCAUCCAACAGCGAUGACGAGAUCAAUUCGAAUGUGGAAAACGAUGUUUAUGAGUACGAGGAAGAAGUGCCCCAAGAAGAGUCUCGGAAGAACCGCCGCUUCGACCCUGUCGAGAACUAUGAAUACGAGCUUCCCGAGGAUUUUGAGGAUGAAAAUGUGUCAUCGGAUGAUGAUGAUGACGACGACAAUGACUUUGAUGUUGGUGGAAAUGAGGGGAAUGUGAUUGAAGAUCUUGAUGGUAGUGAUGGGGUUGAAGAGGAAGAUGAUGGAAGGCACUUGAGGAUGUUGCAAGGAAUCACUGGAAUGUCAAGUGAUGCCUUUGAAGGCAAGAAAAAGAAAAAUAAUGUGGUUAUAUCUGAGGCACAUCCUGAGUCAGAAUACAAUCCUACUCGUGAUGUUCUGGAGGGUGAUGGCCACAUUACAGUUCAAGAUCUGUUGGAGCCUAUUCAAGGAAAACCUGGGUAUAGCAAACUUAGAAAAAGAGUGCAACACAUGGACAGAAAGUCAACAUCUAUUCAAGCUCCGCUUCCAAAGGCAGAUAGAGAGAAGUUGGAGAGGAUGGCAGUGUAUGAACAUUCAAAGAAAGAUAUUACUAAGUGGGAACACUUGGUCAAAAGGAAUAGAGAAGCUCCGACUAUUUUUUUUGGUGAAGAUGUAGACUUGGGGUUUUCAACUGUAGGGGCAAUAGCUUCUGAAUUUGAGCCUAGAACUGAGUUUGAGAAGAAAAUUGCUUCUUUGGUUUAUGAUGAAAAAGUUAUUGAAGCUCACAAAGCAGAUGGUUCCAAGCUUCUGGAACUAAAUAAGAUAUCUGCAGAAGAUUACAUGAAGCACCGAAAUCACAUUGCUAAAAUGCGCAGCCUUCUUUUCCAUCAUGAAAUGAAGAGAAAACGCAUCAAAAAGAUCAAGUCCAAAACCUAUCAUCGUUUAAAAAAUAAGGAUAAACUUAAAGCAGCUUCUGCAGAAAUGCUGAUGGAUCCUGAGGCAGCCAAAGAGCAGGCUAGGAAGCAAGAGUUCAAACGGGCUGAGGAGCGAAUGACUUUGAAGCACAAAAAUAAGUCAAAGUGGGCAAGGCGUAUUUUAGAGCGUGGUUUGAAUGCCCAGGAUGAAGGUACUCGAGCAGCUAUGGCUGAACAGCUUCACCAUCAUUCUCUUUUAACAAGAAAAAUAAACACUGUGAAGGACAGUAGUAGUAGCAGCAGUGAUAGCAGUAGUGAUGAGGAUGAUGAGGGUUCAGACCAGGAUAGGGGAUCAGAGUUGCUAGAAAAAGCAAAAGAGAAGACACUGAAAGUUUUAGAAGACGAUGAGGAAGUGCCUAACUCUGGAGUGCUUUCUUUACCUUUCAUGGUUCGUGGAUUGAAGAAAAGAAAGGAAGAAGCUAUUGAAGAAGCAAAGCUUGCUCUUCAGGAGUAUGAGCAAUUGGAGGGGACAGAUGGUGCUGUAAAUUUAAAACCAGCCACUGCAAGUGGUAGAAGGGUCUUUGGCAUGGCUAAUAAUGAAGCUUCAGAAUCUAACAAUAAGAUCAAAACUGAUAAUAAUAAGAUGAAAAUGGAUAAUUAUUAUGGUAAUAGUGAUAGUGAAGAUGAUUUGGAAGCCAAAGAUAAUCUUAAUAUUAAGGGUGGCAGAAAAAAUGAUGUUGAGAAGGAUGCUGGCCCUAACUGUGUUCAUAAAGAAGCUGCUGAUGUUCGUCAGGAUUCUGUAUUCAGGAAUUUUGAUGACAUUGUUAGAGGCCCGGGUCCAAAAACAACAUAUGAAGUUGCUAUUUUUACCUCAGACUCAUGGAGAAAGAUGAAAAGUGGGAAUGGAAUGGAUGCGAAUGUCAAAAAGUCACAAGAAAUCAAGGAACCUAUUGUGCGGAAUCAAGACUUGAAGGAAACUCUGAAGGAGGGAGAAGAGGGAAGUGAUUCAGAUAGCGAAGGACAAAUGGUGGAUGGGAUUUUGUCCGCAGGCCCCAAAGGCUCAUAUGAACUUCCCUCUCAAUCAGAGCUCAUUCGACAUGCUUUUGCUGGGGAUGAUGUGGAAGAAGAAUUUGACAAGGAUAAACAGGAGAUCUUGAAUGAGGAAAAUCCUGAACCUGAUAAACCUGUUUUGCUCCCUGGUUGGGGCCAAUGGACUCAUAUACAGCAAAAAAAAGGUUUGCCUUCGUGGAUGCUUAAAGAACAUGACAAUGCAAAGCGGAAGAGGGACGAAACUCUUAAGAAAAGGAAGGAUGCACAUCUCAAACAUGUCAUCAUCUCUGAGAAGUUAGAUAAAAAGGCUGAGAAAUUGCAAACAAAAAGUUUGCCAUAUCCUUUCACAUCCAAGGAACUUUUUGAACAGAGUAUGCGCAUGCCCAUUGGGUCUGAAUUUAACCCAGAGACAGCAAUCAGAGCUCUUAAUCGGCCAGAUGUGGUGAAGAAACCUGGUGUAAUUAUAAAACCAAUCAAGUUUGAGGAAGUGCAUCAGCAUGAAAAACCAGAGGAUCACAAACGGAGUGGGCAAAAACGAAAGCCAAAUAGAAGCAAAGGUGCAGUAGGCAAGAUGAAGAAACAAUAGAGACACGGCAACUAAAUCUCAUUUAUCCCGAAAUUGCUUGCUCUUGUACACUUGUAAUUCAUCUCCUCCUAAAGGAUUGGUGUUUGAAGGAUAAAGAAUGAAGAGUUACGUUUACUUGUAAUCGACGGUGUUUAGGCAUAAGCUUGUAGAGCUAGAGCAUUAGGUGAUUUGAGAGGGGCGGGAGUGUGAUAAUUUGAGAGGUUUUUGGUAGAAAUUUUGUAUAAGUUCUCCAUGUUUACUGAUGCAAGGAAACAAAACAAAUUUUUUUUUUUCCAAGGCAGGGGUAAUUAAUCCACUAAUGAAGUGUAUUAGAAGAAGUUGUAUUAUU